AGAAGAUUCCUGCAACCGCUCGUGCAGUAGGAAGCACUAAGCACCCGCGGAUAACUUUAAAGUUACCCAAUCAAAAAAGAGCAUUAGUCGUCAUCAACCCAUUUUCAAACUCAAUGACUACAGGGCAUGUACCUAGAUACAAUCUGAUUAGUUCAUGAUAGUACCCGAAGGUACGGAUAUCUAUCUAUCCGAGCUAAAUUUUGGUAGGGGUAUUGAGAUUAUACAGGGGUCAAGGCCUCAAAAAAAGGGUUCUUCGAUAAUCAAAUGGGAUAAUCAAAUAAUCUCAAUUAACAAAUUUUAGCGGAUUCCCUGCUAUAUCCACCUCCCCUUCGUCUUCGCUCUUCUUUGCCCUUUUUUUAAUACCCUUCCUCGCGCCUAGCUUCUCGUCCUUUUUGAAGGGUCGUCCUCCGCAAUCCUUCUCUCUCCCUCGCUCCUCGUUCCUUUUGCGGGUGGAUUCCGAGACACUUCGUGGGUGUUCUUUUUUUGUUGUAGUCGGAAUUUUGGUAGAUAAAUAGUAGACUGCGGCGCCUUAUACAUACUCCCCUGAGUGGUCUCCUACCGAGAGCGCGGCUCAAAAAUAUCUGCUCGUCUUCGAAAUGGCCGCGAACGCUACGAGUUUUUCCUCGCCUUUGGCGGAUUUCGGCAUUCCUGCUGGAAGCCUGCCUCCUCAAGUCGAUUAUGUUGUUGACAUGAUCGCGAACGCUAGUGCUAUGACAUGGGUUUUCACAAUCCUCGCUAUAGCUGUCGCGUACGACCAGAUCAGCUACUUUAUGCAAAAGGGGUCUAUCGUUGGACCGUCCUUCAAGCUACCCUUUAUGGGUCCUUUCCUCGAGUCUCUAAAUCCCAAGUUCGAGGAGUACAUGGAGAAGUGGGAGAGUGGUCCCCUGAGCUGUGUCUCUAUCUUCCACAAGUUCGUCGUUAUCGCUUCCACUCGUGACCUAGCCCGAAAGGUCUUCAACUCGCCCGCAUACGUGAAGCCGUGUGUCGUCGAUGUCGCUACCAAGAUUCUCGGAGAGGAUAGCUGGGUAUUUUUGGAUGGAAAGGCCCACGUCGACUACCGCAAGGGAUUGAACGGUCUCUUCACUCGCAAGGCCCUCGAAUGCUAUCUUCCCGGUCAGGAGGCUGUCUACAAGAAGUACUUCGCCGACUUCCUCAAGCUCACCAAGGAUGCUGGUGGAAAGCCUGUCCCUUUUAUGCACGAGUUCCGUGAGCUCAUGUGUACCGUAUCGUUGCGAACAUUCGCCGGAUACUACAUGCCCGACUCUGCUUGUAAGAAGAUCGCCGAUGACUACUACCUUGUAACUGCCGCUCUCGAUCUCGUCAACUUCCCAAUUAUCAUUCCAUACACCCGAACUUGGUACGGACAGAGAGCCGCGCGCAUGGUUAUGGACGAACUUGCCAAGUGUGCUGCUAAGUCCAAGGUUCGCAUGGCUGCCGGUGGUGAUAUCACCUGUAUCAUGGACGCUUGGAUCAAGGACAUGAUCGAUUCGAAGAAAUGGGUUGAGGCUACCGGGAAGGGUCUUUCGACUGAGGGUCUUGUGAAGCCAUCCCCUCUGCUGCGCGACUUCAGCGACAUGGAAAUCUCCCGAACCCUUUUCACCUUCCUUUUUGCUUCCCAGGAUGCCACGUCGAGUGCUGCCACCAACAUGUUCCAAGUCUUGGCUAACCGACCCGAUGUAUUGGAUCGUGUUCGAGAGGAGAACUACCGUGUCCGAAACGGUGAUAUCUAUGCCCCGGUAAACUUGGACCAGCUUGAAUCGAUGACCUACACUCGCGCGGUUGUUAGAGAACUUUUACGAUGGCGCCCUCCUGUCAUAAUGGUUCCCUACAAGGCCAAGAAGGCUUUCCCCGUUACCCCUACCUACACCGUUCCCAAGGGCGCCAUGGUCAUCCCGACUACCUACAUGGCUCUCCGUGAUCCCGAAGUGUACGAGAACCCCGACGAAUUUGACCCUGAACGAUACUAUACUGGUGACGCUGAGGAGAAGGGUGCCAAGAACUACCUCGUUUUUGGUACUGGUCCUCACUACUGUCUUGGUCAACAUUAUGCGCAGCUUAACCUGGCUCUCAUGAUCGGGAAGGCGUCAGUCCAGCUGGACUGGAAGCACCACGCGACGCCCGAGUCUGAUGAGAUCAAGGUGUUCGCUACCAUCUUCCCCAAGGAUGACUGCCCCUUAACGUUUACCGAGAGGAAAUGGUGAUGAUCUCUAGUUGGGCUUGGGCUUGGGGAUCUGGACGCAAGCUUAGGAGCUAGGACUGUCCUAUAAUGAAUGGAACGAAAGUAGAAUAUAGUAAUCGUAAUGUCGGUCUUGUAUAUAUGUUAGCGCUGAGGAUGAGUCGAAGUCGAUAUCGACGACGGUUAGAAUGUCCAUAAACGCUGAAUUAGACCUGGAAAAAUCCAUCAAAAGUUAUUUUUGCUCAAA